AACCCGGAAACGUCCCUUUAAUCUCCAGCUAGCCGACUGCAAGGUGCCGAAAGGCUUCUGCUGUCGAUAGGCAGGCGCGCCGUUCAGGAUCAGGGACCGAUUCACAGAAAUGGAGGAGCGAUCGGGGGGCGUUAAGUGCCAGCUCCUGGACCUGCCGUGGGAGGACGUGCUGGUCACCCACAUAUUCUGCUACCUCCCGCUCCGGCAGCUAGUCAGCCUGCAGAGAGUGAGCAAGCAGUUUCACACUCUCAUCCAGGUCUAUUUGGCUAACUGUCGCUCCUUUGACCUCACGCAGAUAGGGCCUCGGAUGCCAAAGGAGGCCUUCUGCAAUAUGCUGAAAGACAACAAAGUUCUACACAGCCUGGUUCUCCAGAACUGUUCCGAUUGGGUGACAGACAAAGAGCUCCUGCCCGUGAUUGGCCAGAACCAGCACCUGCUGCAGAUUGACAUGCGGGGCUGCGUACGGCUGAGCCGGCACGCCCUGGUGGCCGUGUCGCUCAGCUGCACGCGUCUGCAGCGCCUGGGCCUGGCGCACUGCGAAUGGGUGGACAGUCUGUCGCUGCGCAGCCUGGCCGACCACUGCCGGGGUCUGCGCUCCGUCGACCUGACGGCCUGCCGGCAGCUGAAGGAUGAGGCCGUCUGUUACCUGGCCGGGAAGUGUACUGGUCUCAGGUCCAUCUCGGUGGCGGUCAACGCUAACAUCACCGACGUGGCGGUGGAAGAGGUGGCCAAGAACUGCAGGGACCUGGAACAGCUGGACCUCACAGGCUGCCUGAGGGUUCGGAACGAAUCCAUCAGGACAGUCGCUGAAUAUUGCCCCAAACUGCAGUCCCUCAAGGUCAACCACUGCCACAAUGUCACCGAGUCCAGCCUGGGGGUCCUGCGGCGGAGGAACGUGGCGAUAGACGUGGAGCCGCCCCUGGAGAGGGCUCUGGUCCUGCUGCAGGACGUGGUGGGGUUUGCGCCCUUCAUCAACCUCCAGAUCUAGGCGGGAGCCGGUCAUGUGAUGGUACCUCUGGACCGCUCUGCGUUUUACAGCACUGAAUGGGUAGAUGACUCCAUUUCCAAGAUGACCACAGCUGACCUAUCAGCGGAAAGAUGGAUCAAGAAGCAAUCACGUCAAACGUAUUGUGUCUCUAGCGUGUCGCGAUACCUGCCGCCUGUUCCCUGCAGUAAAUAUGCUGUAAUGCACCGGCUGAUUUACAUCCAAUCGGGGAGGACUUCAUUCUGGCCUCACGCAAGGGCGUACAUAAGCCAGCGUAGUAGUUAAACUCUACAUCACACAGGACUGUAGCUUUAAUUUCAGUACAUUAACUGGUAGUGCCUGGUAUCUAGUUACUGUGAUUAGUGGGCAGUUAUUUAGUAAAUGUAAUAUGGGGAAACAUGCUUUGAAAACAGUCUUAUGUAAAGUUUGCUGAAUCUUCAAAAGACUGUGUGAUGUGUUUUUGCAGUACCGUCCUCUUAAAACUAGUAAUAGUGACAGAAAACAUUAUUCUCAACCCUGGAUACUCAGGUGCAAGGUGAAACUUUUUUUUAAUUAUUAUUAUUGCAUUUCUUUAAAGAUGUUCGCAUCAUUUUUUGUUUACACAUCAAUGUUAGCUUAGAAUCUGUCUUGCAUGAAUACUUUCACAUACUGUCAGGUCCGGUCUUGAUUUUAUAUGAAGAAUGAAUUGAAGAUAUACAAAAGAAACUGUGCUUCUUUUGAUUUAAUAUUUAUGUUGUAAAUGUUUUGAGCUUUAAGUUUCAGUGUAAUGACUGUUUUGUUUGCUUAUACUUCCAGAACACAUGAACAGCAGAUGUCAUUUGAUGCCUGUUAAUUUGAAACGAACUUGAAUUUCAAAGGAUUCAAUGUGUAUGUAAUAUACUGUAAAUCUUUUUAUUGAAAACAUGAAAGUAAUUUUGAACAGUGUAACAUUUAUGGAUUGGGUAAUAUGAAAAAUAUUAAUCUUAAUAUGUAACUGCUUCUGUAACUGGCUGUGUGUGUAAAGUCUUAUUUAUGACCAGGAUUUUAUGUUGUUUGUCUCAAUUCAUUGCUAUUCAUAGAUGCAAAGACGACUUAUUGUUCAUUUAAAAGUUUGUAUUUGAUACAGUGAUACAGCUAUGAACUGUAUUGAUCAGUAUGUUAUACCUCUCAUUGAAUCUGUGCUUUUAGGAAGUGGCGGCCAGCAUUUCAGAUAUUCUGCCAGCUGACCUAAAAAGUGGAAAUCUCCAAGGUGCAAAAGCAUUUUGAGGAGGUCCUCACUUGUUGUAUAACUUCAACACUCAGUGUGCACUAAAUCAGCGAUUCUCAACCCUUUGGUCGCGACAAGUUCUGAAAGGGCCGGGAGGCAGACCUGGAAAUAUAAGCAUUUUAAAACUAGCAAGCUGUUUUAAUCAACGAUCAGAUUUCCCAGCCCCGCUCCUAGAAUUAACCUAUAUAAACGGCCGGGUCUUGGGUCUGCAAAUGCUUAGCGCAAAACUAGCGAACACUCAUCCACUCCAAGAAGCCAAAGUACAGAUGCUUAAUUUAAAAUUCACUGGCACAUCCAAUCAGAUUUGUGCGAUAGGCAUUGAUUGGCGUAAAUUGCAUAAUGCACUGCAUGCUUGAUCAUAGCGUUAAUUUAAACCUAUACUUGACAUAGGGUCGCGACUGAGCUGGUAUGGUAAAAAUUGGAUCGUGGUGCAAAAAAGGUUGAGAACCACUGUGCUAAAUAAUGUACAUUUAUUUGCGGGGACUAAAGAAUAUUUUAGGGCGGCCAACUCCCCCAAAAGUAGUCCUAGCGACGCCCGUAUUAACACUUACAUUUUAAGUAUUAAGUAUUAACAUCUUCUUUGCAGCUGUGCACCUAUAACACAUUGGUAUUAACUACUAAUUAUCUAAGAUACUUCCGGAGUUUGUGAAAGUAUAGGUGUCCCGUCCGGGAUACUGAGACAAUGCAGAAGUGUUUUUCAAAACCAGGGACUGAAAUUCUGUAGACGGUUUGGUGAUUGGGCAGUGACGGCUCUGUGACUAUAGCUCCCUCUACUGGUGUUUUGCAUUUAUUAUCACAUGUAUUUAUCAAGUAUGUACAGAUUUUUUUCUGUUUAAAUAGGCCUAUUAAAUCAAUACAUUAUAUUUAAA